UUGACAUCGUGCUUGUUUAAGACACGUUAUUCAUAAAUGAGCAAAGACGUUAGCCUGAGUUAGGAAUGUUUUAUAAGAAUGCCUGCUUUGUAUCGCGAUCCUCACAUCGAUCAAGUUGGAAUUUGGGGCGAUCCGACGUCAACUCUCGAUUGGUGUGAAGAAAAUUAUGUUGUUACAAAAUAUGUAGCAGAAUUUUGGAAUACAAUCACCAAUUACUUUAUGGUUGUUCCGCCAUUGCUUACGGCAAUAAGAUUUUAUAAAACUGGUGUUGAUGCAAGAUUUGUUAUGUCUUUUCUUUCUGUUGUCGCUAUAGGUAUUGGAUCUACACUAUUUCACGCAACGUUACUCUAUAAAAUGCAGUUACUUGAUGAGUUACCAAUGAUAUACUGUACUUACAUCAUUCUGUAUUGUGUGCUAACAUGUAACGAUGAGCCGCAUAAAAAGACUUUCUAUUUAAAAUUUUUCCUGACAAUUUCAUGCGUAAUUGUCACUUUGAUUUACCUCAUUGUAGUCAAUCCUCUGGUGUUUCAGUGGGCAUACGGAUUGAGUGUGGCUGUAUUAAUUGUUGCCACCAAUUAUUCAGCUAGAAAAUACAAUGUACCACUAAAAUUUUCAAUCUUGGCGUUGAUUUGUUACGGAUUUGGUUUUAUUUUAUGGAAUAUUGACAAUGAAUUUUGCAUUUAUGUGAGAUAUUUUCGUGGAUUGUUACCUUGGCCAUUUAAUACUGUUGGCCAGCUUCAUGCUUGGUGGCAUUGUUUUGCUGCAUUUGGUGGCUAUUUUCAAAUCUUAUUCACGAUUGAAUUGAGAAUGAUAUGUAGAAGGAGGAAACAUAAAUGGAAAAUGAAUGGAUCACAUCAAAAUGGAGGAACUGAAAUUCAACAAAUUGGCAGUGACACAAUUUUGUCUUUCGUUAUUCGCGAUGUUUGUUGUUGUAUUCCAAUAAAAGACCAACAUCUUGACGCAGAAUAUCGUACUGAUAAUAACAAUGUCUUCAUUAAUGGAAACUAUGAAGUCUUAAAAUCGUGAAAUCAACACUUCUUAUAGAGUUUAUACUUUAGGUUUAACUUUGGGCUCUGCCAUCACUUGUACUUUGAAAGAUAAGUAAAAAUGUAUUUCCUAUAGUUAUUAUAGCUAGUUAGGUUAGCCAUCUCAGAAGCACAUCGACCCCCCCUGCAUUGAUUGCUAAAAAUGUAUUUCGUAUAGUUAAUAUAGCUAGUUAGGUUCGCCAUCUCAGAAGCACAUCGAACCCCCCUGCAUCGAUUGCUGUCAAUUCUUCCAUUGGAGCAAAAUGAAAAUUUCAGCAAAUGAAUUGCUUAUUAACACUUUGCAAAGAAAAUGAGAUCGCUCUUUUAAACAAAACGCUUUAUGGAGAAAUGAUCGAUUUGCUCUGAGUAGCUAUCAGCCUGUCAUUUUUGCUAGCAGACGAUGAAGUAAUCAUGCAUAGCAACGUCAUGGUUUUGUGAAACAUUGUUUUCCACUCAAAGUAUUUGAAUUUCAUUAUUGCGAAAACUAUUUUUAUUGAAUAAUUGUCGGAAUUAUUUCCGCUCUCCCAUACACGUAAAAAGAGAGACAUGCAUACACCGACAUAUAAAAUACCCGGUUGUCUGAACAGGAAGACGUUUUAUUGUUAUCUCUUACGUAUUUGCCAUUUGUAAAUUUAUAUGUAGUAAUAGUUAAUGAAUAUGAAUGUUGAAAUUUUUCCA